AUGACUGACCCCUCAGUCGAUCACAGCACCCAGACCCCUCAGUCGAUCACAGCACCCAGAACCUCUCAGUCGAUCACAGCACCCAGAACCUCUCAGUCGAUCACAGCACCCAGACCCUCAGUCGAUCACAGCACCCAGACCCCCUCAGUCGAUCACAGCACCCAGACCCUCUCAGUCGAUCACAUCACCCAGACCAUCUUAGUCGAUCACAGCACCCAGACCAUCUUAGUCGAUCACAGCACCCAGAACCUCUCAGUCGAUCACAUCACCCAGACCCUCUCAGUCGAUCACAUCACCCAGACCAUCUUAGUCGAUCACAGCACCCAGAACCUCUCAGUCGAUCACAGCACCCAGAACCUCUCAGUCGAUCACAGCACCCAGACCACCUCAGUCGAUCACAGCACCCAGACCAUCUUAGUCAAUCACAGCACCCAGACCACCUCAGUCGAUCACAGCACCCAGUCGAUCACAGCACCCAGAACCUCUCAGUCGAUCACAGCACCCAGACCACCUCAGUCGAUCACAGCACCCAGACCCCUCAGUCGAUCACAGCACCCAGAACCUCUCAGUCGAUCACAGCACCCAGAACCUCUCAGUCGAUCACAGCACCCAGACCACCUCAGUCGAUCACAGCACCCAGACCACCUCAGUCGAUCACAGCACCCUGACCCCUCAGUCGAUCACAGCACCCUGACCCCUCAGUCGAUCACAGCACCCAGAACCUCUCAGUCGAUCACAGCACCCAGAACCUCUCAGUCGAUCACAGCACCCAGACCACCUCAGUCGAUCACAGCACCCAGACCCCUCAGUCGAUCACAGCACCCAGAACCUCUCAGUCGAUCACAGCACCCAGACCCCCUCAGUCGAUCACAGCACCCAGACCCCCUCAGUCGAUCACAGCACCCAGACCCCUCAGUCGAUCACAGCACCCAGAACCUCUCAGUCGAUCACAGCACCCAGACCCCCUCAGUCGAUCACAGCACCCAGACCCCUCAGUUGAUCACAGCACCCAGAACCUCUCAGUCGAUCACAGCACCCAGAGCCCCUCAGUCGAUCACACCACCCAGACCCCCUUAG